GUCUGGAAGAAACAUGGCUGCCCACUGUCCAGCGACGGUGUUCUUAUUUACCUUUCGUUUCGUAUCUGAAGUGAGGCCGACGGAGCACAAAGAGUCGGUGUCAGGCGCCAUUUGGAAUAAAAUAUAAUUCAGAGUUUCGCGUUAGAGUUUUCAUUUCCUCCGUCAGUACAGACUCAGGCCGUUAAUGGUACCGACAGCCUGAUUUUUUUUUUGCGGGUCAAGCUGCUCGUCAGUGUCCUGUCAUUGAUUGAGCUUCCGUCAGCGUGGUGAGCCAGCUACCUGCGAGGCUAGCGCGUCCAGCAUCCCGCCACAGUCGCUAUGUUCAGCCCCGUGAAGUCUUCUUACUUCAGAGUCAGCCCGGCCGCUGUCAACAGGGAGCUCGGUAAGACCAAGAUGAGAUAGCAAGAGGUGUCCGAGGGCUAACACACGGUUCAGUGCGAGGCGACGAGUCCCCGCAGAACCACACGGUCAGAUACAAAACCCCAGAAACCCACCCGGAAUGUUCGGGAACCUGUUCGAGGAAGAGGAGGAUGAGGGAGGCUCCUCUUCCACCCGCCUUCUCCCAAAGGGGGGAGACGAGCCACCUCCCGCCCGAGGAAGGAGCGACCUGUGCGGCAUCAAGAACCAGGGAGGGACGUGCUACCUGAACUCUCUGCUCCAGACCCUGCUGUUCACCCCCGAGUUCAGAGAGGAGCUGUUCAGUUUGGGGCCAGAUGAGUUAGGAUGCCUGGAGGACAAGGAGAAACCAGGGGCCAAAGUGAGAUUGAUCCCACUGGAGCUGCAGAGACUGUUCUCCCGUCUGCUGCUGGUAGACCAGCAGAGCGCCUCCACCGCCGCCCUCACUGACAGCUUCGGCUGGAACAGCAGCGAGGGCACAAAUCAACAUGAUGUGCAGGAGCUGAACAGAAUCCUGUUCUGCGCUUUGGAGCACUCUCUUGUGGGAACCAGUGGUAGUACAUUUAUUCACCGGCUCUACCACGGGACCAUUGUCAACAGCAUCGUCUGCAAGGAGUGUGGAAACGUCAGCCAGAGACAGGAGGACUUUCUGGACCUGACAGCGUGUGUUUGCGGCGUGUUGAGCCUGGAGGAGGCUUUGUGGAACAUGUUUGUGGAGGAGGAGUUGUUUGAAGGCAAUAACCUGUACCGCUGUGCACAGUGCGACAGGCUGGUCACGGCUGCCAAGUCUGCGAAGCUGCAGAAGCUUCCUCCAUUCUUGACCAUGUCUUUGCUGAGAUUCAGCUUCGACUUUGCCAAAUGUGAGCGAUACAAGGAGACUGGACGCUACGGCUUCCCCCUCGCCUUCAACCUGCGGCCAUUUUGUGAGCAGACUAACGGAGACGACGCAGAUUACACAUACGACCUGUUCUCUGUGAUUAUCCAUAAGGGCGGCUGUUAUGGUGGCCAUUACCACGUUUAUAUCCGGGACAUUGACCAGCUCGGCCGAUGGGAGCCUCCGGAGGAGGACUGCAAACCUAAAACUCAGAGGAAAGUCAAGGAAGCGUUUGAGCCCCGACUCCAAGAAGACGACCCUCUGUCUGUCCUCACUGCUAUAAUCUCCCAGGAGCCAUCAAAGACUGUCCUGGUGGACCAACUGGGCCAGAAACUCAUGAAUAUGAUCGGUUCAUCUUGGAACAAAAAGUUCAGAAAAUCCUAUGGUCCCAUAGGAAAGUUCCUGCAGUCCCACAACGAUGUGUUCAUGUUGGUGUCCAAUGCCACCAAAGUAGCACUGAAGACCAACCUGCCCAGCCCAGUGACUGAGCCACCGGUCCCAACAGAACCGACCACUAACUCUGAUCCUUUGGCAGCUUCAGACCCAGGAGCUGCUGAACAACAGCAAGGAUCAGACCAGAAACAAGAACCUGAACCAGAGCAGGGUAGCCACUGGUUUGACCUUAACGACUCGACGGUGACCUCCAUCAGGGAGUCUGACAUAGAGAAGCAGUUCCAGGGCAAAGAGAGCGCGUACAUGCUGUUCUACAGGAAAACACAGCUGCAGAGGCCCAGUGAAGCUCUGAACAAUCCACAAUAUAAAGUUCCCUUCCACCUCGUCCAGAAGGCUCAGGAGGAGAACAUCAAACUGCAAGAAAUGCGCGAGAAGUUUGAAGCCACCAACAACACAGUGGAGCUGCGUCUGCACCUGGCCCCCUGCUACAGACUUGAUAAUGGAGCCCUGCAACCAGCCGACAAAGAACCCAGCGGAGGCACCACCCUCAGCUUCGAUCGUAGACAGACCGUAGGAGACCUGCGAUUAUCUAUUUACCAGAUGCAGGAACUCUGGGAAGGAGACAUGGCUUUGACUGUGGCCAAGAGUCUUCCAGCAGGUUUACACCUCUACAAUACUCUCACAGAUGACAAUGUCUCCCUGUACAGUGCAGGCAUUUACACAAACUCUGACUUGUUUGUGUGGAACGGCAGAGAGGUGUGUGGCGCUGCGAUCCUCACCGGAGCUGAGUGGGAGCCCGUGCUGCUGACUGUAGUCCGUCCCUUUCUGGAUGAAGACGUGGAGCAGGAGGCGAGGAAUGGGAUGGAAUAUAAGGAGAGCGGAGGGGGUUUUGAAAAUGGGGGACCAGGACUUAAGAGGGAGGCGAGAGGGUUUGCGGGUGGCGUGACACUCGGGGAGGUGAAGGAGGCGCUGGGCGAGCCUAAGGAAAGUCUGCUGUGCCAAGAGCAUAAGGGAGGAAAGAUGGGAGGGCAAGGAGCAGGAGAGGGAGGAGGGGCGAGCGGGUGGAGGGUGUUCCCACCCGACGACAUGCAGCGGACGCUGAAGGAGCUGUCACUCAAAGACGGAGACGCGCUGCUGGUGCUGGAGCCACAGUCGUUUGACAGCAGUGUGUUUUCCCUAAAUGGAGAUGUUGUCACCGUGACUACACCGUCUGACUGCCGCUGGCUGCAGGUGGAGUUUCAACCUCAUGGAGGAGGAGGAGGAGGUGAAGGGGAGGUUGAGGAGAGGAGGAAAAUUAAGGUUCCAGCUACAGGAAAUAUGCUGCUGGGUGAGGUGAAACAAAGGGCCAUGGAGGAGCUGCAGCAGAAGGCCCCAGGUGCUCAGUUCUGUCUGAGACAGGUGGACUGCACAGGGAAACUCCUUCCUCCAGUGUGCGAGGAGCUGAGCGUUCGAGAUGCAGGCGUGCGACUCAUGACCACACUGACUCUCUGUCCGGGAAAUGCCCCCAAGGCAUCACAGCUGUUUUUGCAUUUCUCUGUGGGAGCAGCGCCCUCUACUGGCAUGGAGAUGGAUAUAAUUGUGGAAGAAACUUCCACGGUCAAAGAGUGUCUAAAGUCCAUGCUGGAUGCUGUCGGACUCGAUGGAACCUGUUGGCACUUGAGGAGGCUCGAUUGGUGCGAAGAGGUUGGAGAGCCACUUAUGGACGAGGACGCCUCUCUGUCAGAGCUGAAGAUCAGCAGCGGAGAUUCAUUAGUCGUCACAGAAGGACAACUUCCUCCCAAGGGUUUCCUCAAGUUAACCAUGUGGCUGUAUUUGGAUCCCCAAAACGCAGAGACAGAUUUUAAACACACCGACAGUGUGAAGACUGGAGAUGAAACACAGAGUCCCCCUGCUCCUCUGUGUGGCGGCAGCACACUGGAGCUGAGCGAUGUAGGACAGGUGGAGAUAUCAGAUGAGGCCACACUGGAGGAUCUCAAGACUCAGGUGCUGACGCUGCCUGCUCUCCAGAACAUGUUUGUGCCCACCACAGCGUUCAUGCGUGUGUGGCAGCUGGAGGGAGGGAGGCUGGCACGAAUCCUCAGAGGACAACAACUAACGCUCAGGAAAUUGAAGCUGAGCAGUGGAACAGACCUUUGUGUGCAGCAGCUCCUGAAAGAGGAAGAUCUUGGGCCCAAGCAGGUGUUACUAACUGUGAAGAUGGGUGUACCAGGGGAGAGGAGUUACUACCCCCCCGAGGAGCUGCUGUGGGAUGCCUCCCGUGAUUCUUCACCUCGCUCUCUGCGCACAUGUCUGGCUGCACAUUACGGCCUCUCCCCUGACUCUCUGCUGCUGGCCAAACACCAGCCAGACAAGCACAUCUGGGAGGAAAUAUCCAACUGGAACCAGCAGGUUUCCAAAAAGAAAAAGAAGAAGCGAACAGAAUCCCUGCUGGGAGCGCCGUUCCACCUCAAAGAUGGCGACACAAUCGGCAUCAAGAAUCUUUUAAUCGACAACAACAGGGACUUUGUCACGCUGGAGGACAAGCAGGGCCAGCUGAGGCUCCGGGAGCAGGCCGAGCAGCGCAGGAAAGGAGAGAAAGCUGCAGGAUCUGAUGUCGCUGCACCUCAGAAGAAUUCUGGACAGACCAAAUCUAGGAAGCCAGAGGUGGCGCUGUCAAUCAAUGUUGGGGAAUUCAGAUAGCACCCGGCUCCCGUAGGUGCAUGGGGAAUCAGGACUACCUAUAACACUACAUGCACACACAUACACAGAGGCCACAUUGCAUUUAAGACAAUCCACUUUGAAGUCUUUGAUAUUUUUCUUUCCUCACAACAUCAAACCAUUAAUUCCUUUUCUGCGUCUCAAAGAGGAAACAAUUUCAUCUUUGAUUAGCUGUUUUGUAAUAUUUGCAAUAUUUCAACACAAAAUUAUGUUUUACUUUGACUUAUUUCUUCCUGCCUCUACAGAGUCUAAAUAUUCCAGCCACAUUUAUCACCUCUCACAAGAGUUAAUGCUGCAUCGGUCAACUGCUAAAUCACAACCUAAUACCAAUAAGUGUAUGAAUUUAAGUAUUUAUACUUUAUUUCCUCUUGAGGUUACAAACCUGAAAUGAGAACUUUCUAAAGCUGUGGUUAAACAAAUAAAAUAAACGUUUUCUCUUAAAGCAACCAGUGGUCGAGUACAAGCCCCUGAAGUAGAAAUCUAGUAUGACGCUCAAUAGAGUAGAACUUUGUCAAGGGCUCGAUCUGAAGUCCAAAAAUCACUGGAUCCGGAUCCACGCAAUAAUGCAUCACUGUUUUGUGGCUUUAAAAAAAAGCCUAUGCUACCCCAUUCAACUUUUAACUUGGAUCGGCCCCAAAUUGCAAACACUCGGAGUCAGUGCCUGAUUCUUUUCAUCAAGAUCCAUGAAAUAUCCAAUUUAUUAUUUUUCAAUUGAAAAUUUCCCCAAAACUGGUGAAUUUGAUCAAUAAUAAUCGAUCAUUUUUGCGUUUUUACAUGAUCCUGUUUACAAACAAUCGAACAGGGGUGAAAACAUAACCUCACUCACUUCUCAUGUUCUUCUACAAGUUUAACAACCUGUGACUUUUACUUUUUUUUAUUUUUGUAACAAUCCUCUCACAAUGCACCAUGAACACGAUCCUGUAUCAUGGGCUUUACAGACGGGCUUAUUUUCGGUUGAUAAGGGAGAGGAGAGACGGGCCUUAACAUGGAGACGCCUCAGCGCCGCUCCUUCUUCCCUACCUCACUCUCUACCUCUCUCACUCUACCUCCGCUCCCCUCUUCUUUUACAGUUAAAGUAUUUACACAGCAACAAUGUCUUUAAUGUAUAAAUCUGUGUAAUUUUACAUUUCAGGUGUUCACUGACAGCAGCUGCAGGGUUGUUUACGUCUCAUCAUAUUCUGUAAAUGGGAAAAUAACGUAAUUAUCCUUUGUUGGACAUUAUUCACCUUUGAUGAAGCUGGAAAUUGCAGAAGAAAAGCGUCUUCAGUUUCACCUAAUUGUGUCUUUUUCACAUUUUAAAAGGACACACAGGAAAAGCUGUGUGGAGCAAAAGCUUUGUGUUAUAAAACCAGUUAUAAUGACAGAUGAAAAAAGAUCUUUAAUUUACUUCACGAGUUUUCAUUGAGGACAAUGUAAUGUGUCAUUUGCAUGCACUAUAUGUGGACUUCAGGGAAGUAACAAUAAGUUAUUCGACAUAAGUGACACAAUACUUGUAUUAUUGUAUCAAUUGAAUUGUGACAUGUUUGUUUUGAGGAGGAUUUGAUUUGAUAUGUAACCUCAUAUAUUAAUUUGGCCUUAAUCUGUGCCAAGAAUUUUCUAAUUACAAUUUUCUUUUGGUUGAUUGAACCAGACGAGUAAAAUAUACAACAUACUCCGCGAUGGGGAAUUUGUUUUGAUCAUGUAUCAUUUACUAGUGUUGUGGAUCACAUUGGUGUUAUUGCUCUGUUGAAGUACAACAGUGGGAAUCUGUUUGUGUCUGGUGACAUUAUUUUAUCAACAAUAAAGGUUUACAGUUGUAACUCA